AUGAAUAAACUUAUGGGGCGACUUGACUUGCAGUGCAUUUCUUUUGAACGUUUACAAACAUCAGGACGUAUUAAUUUGAUUUUUAAUUUAAAAGCACUAUCAAAAAAUUCUUCAUAUAUUGAAUUCAUACUAAAAAUAUCAAAUCCGCAUCGUUAUUGGACAGAAAAUCGUAUUAAAAACGAAGUUUAUACAAUGCAAUAUUUAAUUGAACAUACAACAAUUCCAAUACCAAAAAUAAUCGAUUGUUCUACUGAUUGUAAAUCAAAUAUUUUAUCAUGUGAAUAUAUACUAAUGGAAAAAAUUUAUGGAGAAACGUUAGAAUCUGUUAUUGAAAACAUUUCUGAUCAAAAUUUGGUUAGAACAGCAAUUGAAAUGACUGAUUAUGUUAAACAAUUACGUCAAAUAAAAUUACCACAAGCGAAUAGGAUUGGUUCAUUUUCUAGUAAAGAAAUGUUUCUCGGUGGAUCUCUGGAAGAUGGCCCUACACUAGGACCAUUUAUUACUGUAAAAUAUUAUAUAAUUGAACAUUUACGAUGGGCUAUAAAAAGAAUUCAAACAGAUGAACAAUUAUUUCAAAUUGGAGAAUAUUUAAUAUUAUCAUUACAAAAAAUAAUUGAUUGUGCUCAAACAGAUUCGAACUUGUCAAAGUCAGAAAUCAAACUUCAUGUCACUCAUACUGAUUUAAAUUCAUCUAACAUUUUAGUGGAUGAAAUUACUGGAAAAAUAUUAGCAAUACUCGAUUGGGAAAGAUGUGCAAUGACAUUUAAAAAUGAUGACAUUGAAUUUGUUUCGCACUGGUUUGAAAAUAAUCAACGAGAAAAAUGUUUUCAAUUACUCAUUCAACAACAACAAAAUUAUCUUGAUUUAGUCAAUGAUGCAUGCAAUAUGCACAAAAUCAAAUUAUAUUUAGAUGUAAUGUACUCAGCCAUGUAUGCUACAUUUUACAGUUGCACUUGGUUUGAUUGUGAGCAGGCAGUGACUGAACAUAUUAAACGAUUUUUACAAGAAACAGAAGAUGCCAUUAUUGUAUUCAAUAAAAAUAUCUUAGAUGAAAAUAAAUUAUAUGAUGAUUCUCGCUGUUGA